UCAUUCUCAGUCGAGAAAAAUGCCAACACCAAAGCCACUGAAUACAUAACUUUCGGUUUUUCUUUAGGUAUUUUGGUUUUCUUCCCCUUCUAAAAAAAAAUUGGAAUCUCACUGUCUUCCAGUGAUACAGAUUUUUUCAUGUUUUAGCUGGCAUAAUUCAAGAAGGUUCUGACAAACUACCUUGUAUUGAGAAUCACGAAGGCUUUACCGUUCCUUCAUCAACCUGAACAAGAGGUGCCAAAGGCGAAUGAUGUGUCAGCGGCUGAUUGGCUAUAUCAACAUAUUUUUUCACGUGUGUUAUGGCUUUUCUCAGGGCCGGAAAUCCCUGUAUAACAUCGCAGUUUAUGUGAUAAAUAUACUUAACACGAAACAUGCUUAGGAAAAUUACAAUGAAAAUAAUGAUGAAAACUACCCAAUACAAAACUUACAUUUGCCACAAUGCUGUAGAAUUACUUCCCAACGGUGAAGCUGCACAAUGUGUGGUGCGAUGAAAUAUAAGUUCUGCUUUGCCAGUGGUAUUACUGAGUAAACAGUCUAAAUACAUGCUGCAUUAAGCAACAUUAUAAAAUGUUACAUAGCAUAGCAUACGCAAAAUUUUAACUGUAAUUAGUGUUGUUUGUAGAGGAACAAUAAACCAAAAAAAAGGUAUUUGUGAUCCAUAAAAUCGUUCCCUUGUUUUCAACAUUGCAAAGAAAUGGUAACCAAAACAGUAUUUCAUAAUAAUGGUAUAGCUUGUGCCACAAUCUCUCAUUUGUGUCACUGAAUAUCAUGAGGUUCAAUGUGUAAGAAAUCCUUCAAAAAAUUAAGUGGAAAAAAGGAAAUUAAAAGGAAACUCUUUGAUAUUCUCACUUAGAAGACUCAUACUGACACUCAACCAAUCAUUCCAAAGGUCAAGCUUUUCUAAAAUUUUGGACUAAUUCUAGUGAGAUUCUUGGCUGCCAACAUGUUAUAUCCUUAGUUAGUUCUUUGCAGUUCUAGUCCGUAAAUGAUUUUGUAAAUUUAGUUCGUCUGUGACAGUAAAUUUGUCCUUUUAAUAAUAUCAUUACAUUAAAAGUAAUUUUUGAAAAUUUAUGUAAUAGUUUUACUUCUGACAAGCAACACACCCAUAAUAGCACUCAAGCUAGCCAAGAGCACAUGAACACCUGUAAAUAUGAAUCCACAGUGUAUGUAUGUUUCCAUUACCAGUGUUAAAGCCCUGUUUGAAAAAAUAUAAAUUGUAGAAAUAAGGGGACAAUUUUUUAUUCCCACAAUGGCUGAAAGUUUAUUUGUGAAAAUUAAUUUGUUUAAAGUUAAUUAAUCUUUGCACAAUCCAGAGAACGUUUUGAUACUCAGUGACAUCACAAACGAUAACAAUGUUGUGGUUAAUGUUUCUUUGUAGUGUUGAGAAAGAGAGAAUGAUUGAGUGUCCCAACUAUAGUUAAAGUUUAAUUUGAUGCAAUCAUUACAUAAACAGGAGAAUUUAACAAAAAACAUUGGCAUUAUUGAUCAAUCUCGUUUUAUUAACAUUACCUUGCAGUCUUACAACUGAAUUGCAUGAAUUAACACCAAAUUGUGGGAAAAAAUCAUAUAAAACAAAAAACUUAACUAUUAAUUUAUCCCAGGUAUAAAAAAGUAUAAAAAUUCAUUGAAUUGUUUAAUUAUACACUUAUAAAUGAACGAGUCAGCCACUCUCUUUGUUUCGGUGGAUGGCUGUUGAUAUUCCUGUUUCUUUCUGAGGUUAUAUGGUGACUUGUUUGAGGGUGGAUUUAGGUAAUGGAUCUUGCAGACGUGUUGUUAGCUGUUGACUGAAAGAGUGGCAAAGUCAGUUUUUUAAAUGAUCCUGUGGGUUGUCUAUUCUGGCAAGCUGGAGGGCAUUUGCAUGUGAUAUCUUUGGGAAAAUGCACAAGAGAGCUCUCCUCUGGACUUUCUCAAGUUGUAGAUACUUAGGUAAUGCAUAAUGUAACACUGGGUAUGCCUUAAUGUCCUCGCAUCAUUUCAUGUGAAAACAAAAAGAAAUCAAGAAAACAUUUUAACCCUUUACACCCCAAUAUCAGUAUACGUUUCCUCUAUACUGCUUUCUAUUCUAAGAGUUCAUGCCCCGGUUGUUCAAAAGCCAAUUAAAUUAUCCCUUGAUUAGAGGUUAAUCAAUGAUUAAAUUUCUUAUCUCAAGGAUAGCUAAUCUAGGUUUAAAAUAACGUUCCUGAAAGCAGAUUUAUCCCUUUAUUAACUAUCCCAUGAUUAAGCUGAGAUUAAACCAGUCAAACUGGUUGUUAAGAGCUACACGGCUACGCACGAAAAAAAAAUUGGAGGGGAAAAAAUGGUGGAAAGGGAGAGUGCACUUGGAAGUGGAAGCCAAAUGAAAGAAAGAAAAAGAAUGCACAAUUUUUCAGCUUAUGAGAUUGAAGUCAUCACCAAUAAUGUCAAAAAAAAUCUUGACUUGAUCCAAUCCAAAUUAGCGAAUGCUGUGACCAACAAAUAG